UUCUUCAGCUGGUGGAGUAGUUACAACGAAGCUAUCAACUACUUAGCUACAGUGCCAAAGUACCGUAUACAAGCUACUGAGAUUGCCAGGCAACAAGGUUUACUCAACAAGAGUAGAGAAAAAGGCAAGAACAGGAGGUCUAAAGAAGAAAUUCGUGAAGAAGAGGAAGAAAUUAUCAAAGACAUUAUUAAAAAUAAAAUAGAUAUAAAGGGUGGUUAUCAGAAGCCCAAGAUAUAUGAUAUCCUUCUAUUUCAGAUCCUGCUUUUUCCUUUUUACUUGUGCAAAAAUAUAGGUUGGUACUGUCGGUGGAUUUAUUGUUUCACUAUUAAAGGGCAAGAGUAUGGUGUGGAAGAGAAGCUGUAUAUCAUACGAAGGUACAUGAAAAUGUCGCAGUCUCAGUUUGACAGCCUAGAAGAUCAUCAAAAAGAGACCUUUCUUGAACGGCAGCUGUGGAUACGAGAAAACUAUGAGGUCUAUAAACGAGAACAAGAGGAGGAGUUAAAGAAGAAGAUGGCCAUGGAUCCACGAUGGAAGAGAUACCGGCGGUGGAUGAAAAAUGAAGGGCCUGGAAGACUGACUUUUAUUGAUGACUGAAAGUUGCUGAAUAAAAAUGUAUGCUAAUGUUGAAGGUGAUUUGCAAAACUUUUCAUUACGUCAUUCAGAGUUUUGUCUGCUGUGGCUUAGCAGUUAUCUAAAACUCAGGAAUUAUUAAAUCAGGCUGAAGCAUAAUACAGGUUUACCGUUUUUAAAAACCAGACCUAUUAAACAGGCUCAGCUCAAUGUAUAUAUGCCAUUUACUUGGGGAUCUCAGUGUGGAAUUCAGUAUUCCAAACAAUGUAUUUUUGCUAGGUAUUUCAUACUCAUGAGCAAUGGAAUCACAACACUAGUAGUCUUUCUGAAACUGUUUCUAGUUCAAUUCUUGGCAGUCCUGUUUUUCCUCUCUAAACUGAAGGGUUCCUACAAAUGGACACUGGAAAUGGUUUAUGAAGUAUUCCGAAGCAAGGACCAUGUUUUCCUCUGUUUCCUCCUACUUUUCGAUCUUAAUUUCUCAGAUGCCAAAUUGCUUCUUUUUGAUGUAAACAAUAUGGGGAUUAUACCAGACUACUGCUAUUUCUGAUCCAGUUGGAAAUGGAUUUUAUUCUUUGUGGGAAUAAAUGAUGCAUGAUUGAUCAUCAUUGUGAUGCAAA